GGGAUAUUAUUCAGUGGUUGGUACGUCAAUCCAAUCUUGGACAACAUAAUGGCCGUCGACUGUUCAUGGACAACUUCUACACUACAAUGAAAGUUGUGACCAAGCUAUAUGAAGAAUACAGAUGGGUAUCAGCUGGAACCAUUGUCCAGACAAAGAAGAGGAUUAGUUCACGUACAGCAGAAGAUUUCCCAUUUCCAAAACCCUCAAAUGGUGCAGUUGCAAAGGUGAAACCGGGAUGGAUGCGGUAUGCCACACAGUCAAUGACURGACCAAGUAAUUCCAAAUAUGUUGUACAGGCCACUAUAUGGAGGGACAAAAGGGUGGUUGGAUGGUUACAUACUGUUGAUGUUACUGGUAAGCAAGUGGAGACACAGAGAAGAUCCAGAGGGCAAAUGGUGGCAAAGAAAUUUGAUGCUCCACAGGUACAGAAGACAUAUUCCACAAGGUUCAAUGGUGUUGACCUCUCAGACAAGGAUAGUGCAAAAUAUUCUACAUCACUUCAAACAAACAGAUGGUACUUUUGUAUUUUCUUCUGGUUGCUUGAUAGAGUGGUACACUCCUGCUACAUGAUUGCCACUAGCUUAGCAUGUGACUACUAGUUUAUGAAGGAAUGGAAGAUAUACAAAUCAAAACACAACGGUAGGAAAAAGUUUCAAUCUCAUCUUGGCAUUGCAUUGAUGAAUARAGGUAUUGAAAUGGACUGGAAAGCUCCAUAUGAUGAAGGUUCUAAGUCAGAAUGGAUGCCUCAGACUUCAAAGAAUGGAAAAUAUCACCCUUGCAAUUGCGGGAUUUGUUUCUUCUGUGUGAACAAGAAGACCAGCACCAUUGCUCAUGGAAAGGUAAUGUCAAAGCCACAUAAAGAAAGAUGCAGUGACAAGUAUGAAGGAGUAAAGAGGAACUAUUGUGUUGUCUGUGUAGAAGAACAAGUAAAGCAUAGGUAUCCUAACUCAUCAGUGAGGAGAUUGAGGAAGUUGCCAUCGAUUAGUAGUAUAAAAAUGUCAAGGAAUGGUUGCAGAAGUUGCAAUGUUGCUGUAUGUMAAGAGCAUUGGAGUAACUUCAACCAUCAAGUGUAGUGAUGUAAUAUAAAUGAAUAUAUUUAUAUAUGUUAAAAUAUAUUCUUGUAAUAUUGUAUAGUGAUGAGAGGGGUGUGAUAAGUGGAGUAGUAGUUGAGUAGUAGUAUCAAAAAAAAAAAUCCUAAAUUUUCCAGGUGGCAACAUUUGGCAACACGCGACGGGAAAAAGUUACGUAACGUUCGAAGUACUACUGGUACAGGACUUCCAAGUACUGUAUGUAGGAUGUGGGCUGUCGUCUGUUUUCGUACGGACAUCAGAUAGCACCUUUGGACGACAGGAAAGCUGUGGCUGUUGGUGUUUGUGUCAUUUUUUAUCGGUUUCUGUUUCACGGUUCUUAAAAACAUCGAAGAUGUCUGAAGAAAAUUGGCUUCUGAAUGCAAGACGUAGCGGUAUCAUUUAACGACGACGCGUACGAGGUUCCAACAAACCCUCUACUUUGUUUCAAAACUAAAUUUUGCAAGGCACCGAUUUCUGCUUCAACAGGGAGCUUGUAUUCAGACAAACUAGACAGUUGAAGAAACUCAGAUACACCAUGGCAUCCGAAGAGAGCAAAGAAAUCCCAACGAAAAAAAUGGGUGAUUUAAAAAUCGACGCCGGAGGUAUGUGGAUUGUGAUCCUGGAGUCUACUAUUCAUCUUUCUCCAUUUCGGUGCGUUGCACAAUUAUCUCACAGUUCUCUGGUUUCAAAAUAAAGGCAAGAGCAAAUCAGGCGGGGGCGGCAAGAAAAAGGAAGCCAAACCCCAACGUGAAUGGACGCCGGAAAUGCAGGCAGACUACGACCGAAUUUUGUCCGUAGGCGAGGAAUGCCAAAAUCCAGACGAACUUAGAGGCCUGAUCUUGGCAAAGGGCCGUGGAUCUGAGCACCCGACAGGGUUCAACUUGUACGACGGAUUCGAACCAAGCGGUCGUAUGCACAUUGCACAAGGUGUCUUCAAGGCUAUGAAUGUUAACAAAUGUACUUUUCCUGGAACGAAUUCUACCUUCAUUUUUUGGGUAGCUGAUUGGUUUGCCCUGAUGAACGACAAAAUGGGAGGGGAUUUAGACAAAAUCAAAACAGUUGGAAAAUAUUUGCUCGAGGUUUGGAAAGCAGCUGGAAUGGAUUUGUCCAACGUCAAAUUUAAGUGGUGUUCGGAAGAAUUUACAACCCAUGCAGACAAGUACUGGCCAAAUAUGCUUGAUAUUGCCCGACGCUUUAACGUCACCAGAAUCAAAAAGUGCUGUCAAAUUAUGGGUCGGAUGGAGGGCAGUUUAACUUCGGCACAAGUAUUGUACCCUCUCAUGCAAUGUACUGAUAUCUUCUUCUUAAAGGCUGACAUCUGUCAAUUGGGUGUCGAUCAGCGAAAGGUUAACAUGCUUGCACGUGAUUACUGCGUUGCUGCCAAAAUAAAGAACAAACCCAUUAUUUUGAGUCAUCACAUGCUCUUUGGACUCAAGGCUGGCCAGGAAAAGAUGUCGAAAUCAGAUCCUGAUUCGGCUGUUUUUAUGGAGGAUACUGCCGAGGAUGUUGAGCGAAAGAUUAUGAGUGCGUACUGUCCGACAACGGAAGACGAGAAGACCGAGACCGACACAGGCGGCGAGGAAGAUGCCGGCAAGGCCUCCAUGCAAUUGAAAGAAAUUAAGAUUAAAAAUCCAUGCUUGGAUUAUAUUGAAAACAUCAUUUUCAGCCCUCCUGGUGCUACAUUUACAGCCGGUGGAACGAAUUACACCGACUUCGAAACGGUGCGUGAUAAGUUCCUCGCAGGGGACAUAUCCGAGGAAGAAUUGAAACGAGGAUUGAUUGAUGAGUUGAACAAACUACUUGAGCCAGUUCGACAUCACUUCACGACAGAUGAAAAUGCAAAGGAUCUUUUGAGCAAAGUUCGACAGUACAAAAAAGAAGCUCCACCCAAGGUAACCAAUGUAAGACGAUUGAAUUUAGUCGAGCUCUCAAAGGUUCCAGCAGGUAGCCAUUUGGUUUUCGCACCUAUGCCUACUGCGACUCCCACGCUGCAAGAAGCUAUCGACGUCUUGACCUUGCUUCGACGAGCAGAAGAAGGUCAACCAUGUGUCUUGAUGCUACCAGACUGGUCCGCCCGGGUGACAAAUGCAUGCGAUGGUGAUACCAAGAGUAUCACCGCUUAUUUCACUAUUCUUGCCACCGCUCUCAAGGCUCUGUGUGCCGAAACGAUGAGCAAGGUUCAAAUAAUUUUGCAAAGUGAAGCUAUUCUGUCCGAUCCUUCCAACUAUUGGAUAAGUGUGAUUAAUGCCGGACGUCAUUUCACCUUGAAGGACGUCAUGGGUGAAAUGAGUGAUUCAGACCCUGUCGGUUGGGUGAUCGCAAGGCUUAUGUUGGUUGGCGAUGUUGCUGGUGUAGAACCGAAAUCAGUAGCACUUUUGGAAGGUGGAAAUAACAUUCACGCGGAUGGUGCGUCUAUCGGAUCGAAGAUGAUCACCGAAUUCUUUCAAGAAAAGCUUGUUUCUCUUGUUCAACCUAGCGUAACUACAGGAGCAGGGCCAAACAUGCUUCUCCAAAGACGUGAAUUGGAAGCUCACAAGACUGAAAACGACGAGUACUACUUGUUGGACGAUCCGAAGGUAAGCUAAGGGGGAUAAAUUCACUAUAUUUUGCAGAAGUGGGCCGUUCGUGCUACGAGUCGAGAACUCAUUGUCUCAUUUGCCUUCUUCUGCUUGCAUUUUUUUAGGUCAAUGGAAAAUCCAAGAUGAAGAAAGCAUUUUGCGAGCCCAAAAAUAUUGAAUUUUGUCCUCCUAUCAAUGUUGCUGCUGCGUUUGCAUUUGGUCUUGAACCGGACAGUAACGGCGAGAUGAUCAUUUCUCGAACCCCCGAAAACGGGGGCGAUGCAGUGUUUAAGAAUCGUUCUGAGCUGGAAGCUGCGUUUGCAGACGAGUCCCUACAUCCCGGAGAUUUGAAAGCGUUUGCCAGCUCGACCAUGGUUGCUACGUUGACUAAGUUGUCGACAGCUAUCAAGGCUGAUGGUGAUUCGGCGAAAGCAGGAAAAACACUGAAAGCUAUGGCAAAGAAACUCGCCAAACAGAAGAAAAAGUAACAAUUUUAUCGAUUGUUUGGUAUCAUUAUUUGUUGGUGGCUCAAACGAAAUCCCGCGUAUUGGACGGGGUUUUAGUUUCUGUUUCAAUCUUUAAUUUCAUAAAUAGAUCUUUUGGAAACUG